GCUUUAAAAAUAAAUCUAGAGCUCAACAGCAUGGUUGAUAUAUGGAUACUAGUUGCAUUUUCCCUGACUGAAAAAAAAUGUGUUGUGCAAGUGUAAGUUGCAGCCAAGUUCUACUUCAAAGUGAAAUGUACAGCUUCAGUGACAGCUCUGCAAAGAUAAGUAAUUUGUGUAUUCUUUCUAUCCUUUAUACAGACAACAGUUAAUGAAGUACACACAUUGCUAAUGUCCAUCCUGCAGAGAAAUGAACUGUGAAAAAAUUUAAGCAAACAUGUUCCAACUGUUCAUACAAAGGAUUGCACGAAUCACACAUUGUGCUUCCAUAAAACUUUCCCCACAAUUUGCUGCUGCUCAGCAUGUACUUCACUUAGCUUCCUACAAUUAAAAUUUGCAAACAAAAAAGCUUUCCAGUGCUAACAAACUCAUAUGCUUUCCUGGAGAUCUGGAGCCACGUGUUUUGGGAAUGGCUGAGUACACCACGCCAAUAUAAUAUAAAGGCAAUGUCAAUCACCUUCUCUCACUUUUUAAUAGCUCCCCUCCAUGAUUCUCAUUCUCUGUCACUAGAAAUUUAAGAUUAAAAGAACUUUACUCUAUUUCAAGUACAGUUUAAUCCAUUAAGAUGGAUCUCCUUCACAGCAAUGGAGUGCUUAUCAUUCAGCAUUUACAGAGGGACUACAGGGCUUACCAGGAUUUUCUUAAUUUCAUGUCACACGUUGGUGAUCCCCGGAAUAUAUUUUCAAUUUAUUUUCCUCUUUGGUUUCAGCUCAACCAAGUGGUUGGUACUAAAAUGAUAUGGGUGGCAGUCAUUGGUGAUUGGUUCAACCUCAUAUUUAAAUGGAUUUUAUUUGGUCAUCGCCCUUACUGGUGGGUGCAAGAAACAAUGAUUUAUCCUAAUCAAUCAAGCCCAUGCCUUGAACAGUUUCCUAUAACAUGUGAAACUGGACCAGGAAGCCCAUCUGGACAUGCCAUGGGAUCAUCCUGCGUCUGGUAUGUAAUGGUCACAGCAGCACUUAGGUACACAGUUAGAUGGAAAGAUAAAUCAGCUGUUACCCUUCACAGACUAACAUGGUCAUUCCUCUGGAGUAUUUUUUGGAUUAUCCAGAUCAGUGUGUGCAUCUCAAGAGUAUUCAUAGCAACACAUUUCCCUCAUCAAGUUGUUCUUGGAGUAUUUGCUGGCAUUCUUGUGGCAGAAGCAUUUGAGCAUACCCCUGCCAUUCAGACAGCAAGCUUGAGAAUGUACAUCAAGACAAACUUGUUUCUUUUCAUCUUUGCCCUUGGUUUUUAUCUGUCUCUGAAGCUUCUUGAUAUUGACUUGCUAUGGUCUGUUCCAAAAGCUAAGAAGUGGUGUGCCAACCCAGACUGGAUAAACAUUGACACAACUCCAUUUGCUGGACUGGUGAGGAACUUAGGUGCACUCUUUGGUUUAGGUCUUGGAAUUAAUUCUGAAAUGUUCAUCAUGAGCUGCAAAGGUGAAAAUAGCCGCAAGUUAAGUUUCCGCAUAUUGUGUAUAGCUGCUUCUUUAGCUACACUGCAGCUGUAUAAUUUUGUUAAGAUACCUACUCAUACUGAGUAUUUGUUCUACAUUCUCUCUUUUUUUAAGAGCGCAGCUAUGCCUCUGACUGUAGUUGCCUUGGUUCCGUACUGUGUCCACUCAUUAAUGAGGACAACUGAAAAGAAACUUAAUUAGGUUAAGUUUCAAAAUGGUUAGCAAUGUGGGGAUGGAUGUGAACUGUUCAAGAACCCACUGCAAAGGCAGUUUUGCUAAUUCAUUUAAACCAAGGGGAUGCCACUGCAUCCUGGAAAGGAGCCAGUACAUCCAAAAUCACUACACUCAAGAAUGACUUUGACAGCUCAGACAUAUUAGUUGCUGAUUUUAUUCCUAGAAAUAUUGCAAGUGCACUGCAGUAUGGUUAGAAAUGGCCCAAUACUCUGGGUCAUAAUUAAGUUUUAAAGUAUAAUCAGCCAUCUUUAUUUAGCUAUAUGGUGGUCUUUUAGUUCUGUCCAUCUCUAGCUAGAUAAUGCUUCAAGCACCAGUUGUACAUAGUGAGACUCGUUAUUUUGGUUUUUUUAUAUAUAGAUGCUGUGUGUUAAACUGCUACAUAAUGGUGUGACAGUAUCACAUCACCUACAACUGUAGGCUGUACCCAGGCACUGUGAAAAAGGCCAGCAUAGUUAUAAACAAGGCUUUAGAUUUAAUUUAUUGAGCUUCCUGAGCAAACCAGCUUCUGAUUAAGUCAGAUGAGGAAAAAAAAAGUUUAUUUCCAUUGGACUCUGUAGAAUAUAUUUUUGCAUUACUGAGUGGUUUUUGUCACUUCAACCUUUUGAAAGUGGUCACAUGAAUCAUGAAUGAUACAGAUUACAGCUUCAAUAGGGAAAAUACAUAAAUACGGUGUAGAAAAUAUUUAAGUUCUAUACAUCUACAAAGAGCAACAAAUGAAAAAAGUUGUCAAUAAAAAAAUUAGUAUAUGACCUCAAGAAUACUGUUCAUGCUCCUGUAUUGCAAAGGUAAUUCUCUGCUGAUUCUCUCAGAUCAACAGUCACAAGCCUGAAUCACUGUUAGUAGUU